UCUGCCCAGACUUUGAUGGACUUCGAGGCGAUGAUGCAACCGCGUGCACCACCAAGAGGAAAAAUCUUCCACCUCAUGAAGUGUGAGGCUCAGCCUCGGGCCCUCCCUCCUCCCCCGACGUCACCGCCUAAUUGGCAGCCUCCCGCCAGAGGCUUUAAAAGGCGCGAGCGCGUCUCUUGGCCCUCCACAAGAAGCCCACCCACCCAUCCGACAACCGCCGCCACCCUCCCCUCCCCCGCCCCACUCGCCCCACUUCGCCGUCGUCCUCCCGGCCGCAGCAUGCACGCUGCUCCCCCGCUGCUCCUCAGCCUCCUGCUGCUCCGCGGAUGCUGCUGCGCCUCCGCGGCCGCCGCCGGGCCUCGGAGGCAGGUGUCCAACGACGGCACGGAGUUCUUACCGGAAUACACGCGCGGCGGCGACGGCAACAACAACAACACGACGAAUAACAACAACAACAGGGCCAAAACAGGUGGACGGACGAGCAACUCCGUCUCCUACAGCGCCUCAGAGCUGAGCUGCAGGGAGCUGCGUUCCACCCGCUACAUCACGGACGGAUCCUGUCGUAGCGCCAAGCCGGUGAAAGAGCUGCUGUGCUCGGGCCAGUGCCUGCCCUCGCACCUCAUGCCCAACUCCAUCGGCCGCGGGAAGUGGUGGAGGAGCGGCGGCGGGUCCUGGGACUACCGCUGCAUUCCGGCGCACACGCGGAGCCGCCGGGUGCAGCUGCACUGCCCCACCGGCAGCACUCGGACUUACAAGAUCCGCGUGGUCACCUCGUGCAAGUGCAAGCGCUUCCGACCGCACCAUAACCAGUCCGAAGCCAAGGAGAUCCCGCGGUUGCCCCGGAACAAGAAGCACGGGCGCUCGUCCCAGGACCGGACCAAGAAAAACACGCCGCUGACAGACAACGCGUACUAAAGCUCUCGGUUAGUCCCCCCCCCCCGACAACCCACAAACAACCCGACCGAUCUCUCGAUUGGAGAGGACACGCAAGAGACAUUUCACUCCAGAGCGACUUCAUAAGCAGGAAUGAUUCCAAGUGUUUUUCAGCCGUUCUCGGUUUUCCUUUCUGCAUGACAAACCUUAAAUGCCCGGCCGGGCUCGCCACGAGAAGACGUCGCAGCGGGCGCUCGUUCUGAUUAUAAAGACAUCUCAAGCGUAGCAAACAUCCUCCCCGACGGGCCCUCAAAGCCAUCUGUGCAAACACGAAACGCUUGCUUCCCCCCCCCCACCGCAUUUAAGGCCUACAAGGUGCGCCGAAGGGGUCGUAAUCCAUCUGCUUCUGACCUAAAAGGGACACUGGCAGCUCGGGGGGGUUAGGGGGAUGAAGGGAUGCUGACUUUUUCGGAAAGAGGCCUGCCACCUCUUCCGCGUUCCACGCGUGGAGUUAUGAAUUCACUGAGCCCACAAACUCAAGUGAUCCUCCUCGGUCCGUUCUGUAAAUACAACCGCACCAUGAAGACGCUUCAGGUUUUUCUUUUGGCCGGGGGGAAGGGGCUUCCCCAGACACCCCCACCAACCGGCAAUGCCCCUGUCAUUUGAAAGCGGUCCUGACUGUUAAAAAAUGCGCAACUGGAAAGCAUUUGUCAUCGAUUGUACAUAUCAUACCUGAGUGGUGCCCCCGCCAAGAUGGGGGCUUUCAGGUGUGAGCGAGCGGCGGUGGGCGCCGAAUGGAGUCGGUUGCCGCGGACAGAAGAGUGAACUGAAUAUUUAUUUUUUAUUUCCACAUUUAAAUUAUUUAUGCAACUUUUUUUUUCCUGUAGUAAAUAAUAAUCCCCAUUACUGUCAUGUAGUAUGAUAGCGCAAUGAAAUACUCUGCAGUACAUGAAUAAAGUUGAUGCAGAUAUAUUUGAAAAGCAG